UCUCUUUCAUGAUCUAAUCUGCAUUAUCCCAUACUCCAAACAAUGCUGCUUUCAAUUUAUCUUCAUUGUUGCUAAAUCUACAUAUAUAGAAAAAUAUGGGGCACAAAGAUAAAUCACGUAAAGACAAGAGAUUGCAAGAGAUCUCCCUUUUGAGAACCAUUCCUUAUUCCGAUCACCAGAGGUGGUGGUCUAAGGAAACCAUUGCUGUGGUUACUGGUGGAAAUAGAGGAAUUGGUUUUGAGAUUUCGAGACAACUUGCUGAUCAUGGAGUCACAGUUGUGUUGACAUCAAGAGAUGCUAGUGUUGGUGUUGAAUCAACUAAGGUCUUACAAGAAGGUGGUUUGGAUGUGGAUUGUCAUCAACUUGAUAUAUUAGAUUCUUCAUCUGUCAACGAGUUCGCUGAAUGGUUGAAGGAAAAAUACGGUGGUCUAGAUAUUCUGGUAAAUAAUGCUGGUGUUAACUCCAAUUCGGGAUCUGAAAUCGAGGUUGAAAAUGCGCGUAAAUGUAUAGAAACAAAUUAUUAUGGAACCAAGAGAAUGAUUGAAGCUAUGAUGCCAUUGAUGAAGAAAUCUGCUGCUGGUGCUCGUAUCGUAAAUGUGAGUUCGCGUUUAGCUCGAGUAAGCGGCAAACGAAAUAGAAUAGAAAAUGAGGCAUUGAGGGAGAAACUAAGCGACGUGGAAUCUCUUUCGGAGGAGUUUAUCGAAGAAACUAUAAAUAUUUUUCUACAACAAGUUGAAGACGGAAGUUGGAAAACAGAAGGGUGGCCUCAAACAUUUACCGAUUAUACAGUAUCAAAGCUUGCAAUGAAUACAUAUACAAGGUAUAUGGCAAAGAAGCUUGCUGAUAGGCCAGAGGGUGAAAAGAUUUAUAUAAAUUGUUACUGUCCUGGUUGGGUGAAAACUGCAUUAACAGGUUAUGCAGGAAGUGUUACUGUUGAACAAGGGGCUGAUACUGGUGUUUGGAUUGCACUUGUUCCUGAUCAAGAGAUUACUGGCAAGUUUUUUGCAGAAAGAAGAGAGAUUAACUUUUGAUUAAUCAUAAUAUGGUUUUGUAGAACUGUAUUGCUAUUUAUCAAUAUAUUUAGAGGUUGAUUGAGAUAUUAUGAUAGAUUGUGAAAUUAAUGGUCCAAUAGUGGGACACAUAUAGGGAUUAUGAGAGUGUUUGAGAGAUUAACUCUUUGAAGUUUGACCUUAUUUGAAGAGUUUUUUAUAUGUUAUAAGACUUUUAUUUGGUUGUAAGUUUAUUAUUGGAGCUUCACUAUAACUCAAGAAAUGAUUUUUUU